UUCCUAUGUGUAGGAAUUGCCUCCAUGUUGGUGUCAUUACUGGUGUGCAUGUUCUACAAUACUCUUCUUGCUUGGGUGCUCUGGUACCUCUUUCAUUCUUUCCAAAACCCCCUGCCGUGGAGCCAGUGUCCACUCAACGACAACCUCACAGGUUAUAAUACGGAGUGUGUGAAGAGCACUCCAGCAAACUACUUCUGGUACCGUGAGACCCUGAACAUCACACCCGACAUCGAGACCAGCGGCUCUCUGCAUUGGUGGUUGGUGAUCUGUCUGGCCAGCGCCUGGUGCGUGGUCUACAUCUGCUUCAUCAAAGGCAUCGAGUCCAUGGGAAAGGUUGUGUAUGUGACAGCCAUCUUCCCUUACCUGGUGCUGACUAUUUUCCUGAUCCGUGCUCUCACUCUGCCUGGAGCUACUGUUGGACUGGUGUACCUCUUCACUCCUGAUUGGGAGAUACUGAAGAACCCUCAGGUGUGGCUGGACGCUGCCACCCAGAUCUUCUUCUCGCUCUCUGUGGCCUUUGGAGGUCUGAUAGCUUUCUCGAGCUAUAAUCCAGAGAGAAACAACUGUGAGAUGGAUGCUGUUCUAGUGGGGGUGAUAAAUAGCGCCACAUCUCUCUACGGCGCAAUUCCCAUCUUCUCCAUCCUGGGAUUUAAAGCUAACACUGCCUACAACUCCUGUGUGAAGGAAAACAUCUUGGCUCUGACCAACCACUUUGAGUUUUCAGACCAGAACAUAACAGCGGAGAACUAUGAUCACUGGUUGGAGUAUCUAAAUCGUACAUCUCCAGGUGAGGUGGCCGGUGUGGACCUGAGGCUCUGUGACCUGCAAACAUUCCUUGACCAGAGCGCAUCAGGUACCGGCCUGGCUUUUAUUGUGUUCAGCGAAGCGGUGGUAUCGAUGCCAGGCGCGCAGAUAUGGGCCAUAUUGUUCUUCACCAUGCUCUUCAGCCUGGGUCUCUCCUCCAUGUUUGGCAACUUAGAGGGUGUCCUCGCACCCAUCAAAGACCUGAAGCUAGUGCCCACGUGGAUCCCUGAUGGACUCGUAGCAGCGGUCAUCUGCUUGAUAGCCUUCUUGAUGGCUCUCCUCUUCACCAUGGGUUCGGGGAACUACUGGGUGGAGAUCUUUAACAGCUACGUGGGCUCUGUACCUCUGCUCAUCGUUGCAUUCUUUGAGAUUACUGCAGUCAUUUAUGUCUACGGAAUGAAAAAUUUCAGUGAAGACAUCUACUUCAUGACUGGGAAGAAGCCCAACAUUUUCUGGAAGGCAUGCUGGAUGGUGAUCAGUCCUUUAAUGCUCCUGGUGGUGUUGAUUACCUACGUUGUCGUCCAGGCACAAAAACACCCAACUUAUCCCACAUGGAACCCAGCCUAUGAACUAUUCCCCAAAACUGAGGUGAAGCCCUAUCCAGACUGGGUGUUUGCAAUAAUCAUCCUGCUCUCUGUAAUACCUGUGCUUCCCAUCCCUCUGGUGGCUCUCUACCAACUGAUCUGCUGUAGAAUGAAGAAGUCCUCCGCUCACACCGACCUAAGUCCCUCCUGCAAUGACGGCUUUGAGGUUGAAACACAGCAACAGACGAAUCAGAGAGCUUAAGAAAUCACGUUACUGAACAAAUCAUCCUAAUAGUUGUCACUGCUUCUGUUCAGCUGACAUAUAAACAGUCAUGUUUACAUUUAUCAGGAUUUAUCAGACACUGACAACUGUGAUCCUUAAUAGCAAAAGUGGAUUUAUUUAACAGUGAAAGUCUUUCCUUUGUACAUUGUUGUGCAUAAUGUAAAUGAUGCCUGUGUGUUUCAACUUGAUGUCACAAAACAUCAUUUAACGAGAUCUAAAGCUUCCUGCUGUCACUUGAGUUAUGAACAUGACGGGCUGACAGUACUUCUGUGAACUUAGUUACAUUCAAAUUAUCUUCCAUGACGUCAUUACUUCUUUGUGGAAAACUACCACAAAGUGUAAAUCAAAGUCCAGAGACACAAACAGCAAUGGGAUGACGCAAGAUCCAGAACAGUGGCUGAAUGAUUUUCAAUUAUUACGUAUUUAUUGUGUUUAUGGCUGAGGGUUUAAAACUUUAGUGUUUUAUGACUAAAGACUGUUUUUCUUUCUGUAAAACCUCUUCCUCGACACUGAAGAUCAGAUAACUCCAAAUCACAGAUUUCAAACCUGAGGAUGAGACAAGAAAUAGUUUUCUUAAUUUUGAUAACAUUCAGUGCUCAAAGAAAUAGACAAAACUCACAACACAACGACAAUAGUUUAGUCCAAGCUGGACUGAAUACUCAUCUAUACCUUUGAGCUGCUGAGGGUUUCGUGGAGCUGUAAUUGGGGCUAGCUGGUAGUCUACAUCUGGAUGGCCAAGAAGUCGACUGGGGUCCUGCGGUUAGUGGCCUGUCGAACCCUGGCCAGCCUCAUAUCCCCCAGACGUCGCUCUAGACUGCGCUUCCCUGUCAAGAUGACAGCAGAAACUUUGAUGGUGAACUGUAAAAUUCAUCCACCUGAACUAUUUCCAGCACCUGUAAAAUGUAAUUAAAGGCGGCGAUAAAUAGAUUUAUGUAUACGUGAGAUCGUCUUGUGUCUAGUAGAACGGUCGGGUUGUGUUGACCUUUCACCUAGUCCACAUUCAAAGGGAUUGACCUACAUACAAGUCGUUAUGAUGUUUUCAUAUUGUUCAUUUAUGGAAUGUUUUCUCAAUGUGACCCAUGGCUCUACUCUCCUGCAGUUGAGUAAUUUCCCGGCUCUAAACAAACACGUUUAGUGUGGCUGUAUUUAUGAUUAGGCGGCAAAGUGCGAUUGCGGUGCUCAUUUUGGGCCCUCUUAUUGCAACAGCAAGGCAAUGAUGACGGUUUGAGUGAGCAGAGACAAUCACAAACACCUCUAGUGUAUGCCUGCAUAAGUUUCAGUUUACUACCCACUAUUUACAUUUAGUGCAGAUUGAUAUUUGCAUUUAAAUACAACUUAAAUUGCGAUGAUGGCAAGAGUCUGUAACGGGCAGAAGAAAUAGUCACUGGAAGCAAAUCUGAUGCUGCAGAGUGCGUCAUGUUCAUAUUUUAACAAAAACAAAUCUCAACCUUUGGCCUCUUCUCAUUAAAAUAGCUUUUGUACAAAUUCAAAUGUGCCUUCUUCGGGUUCUGGUCUUUGGGAACUUAUGAUUGGUAUUUUCGUUUCAAAGACAUUUUAAAGAACUAUAAUCAACAAAAGUAUAACAGAUUAAUCGAUAAUCUAAAUAAUUGUUAGUCGGAGUCAUGAUUUACUGUUGUGUGUUGUGCAGAACAUUGUAUUUAAUCUGUUUGUAUGAAAUAUGCUUUAUAAACUUUAUCAUUAUCAUAUUUUAAAGAAUACGUUGGGACAAUAGUGCUUGUCCUCUCGUGCAGCCACAGGACAGGUGGUGUUGUUGUGUGAGGGUACGUACGUUUGUGCAGGUGUGGGAGCAGCCCCUUGUACAGAGGACGGUGUUGUGACAGCACUAGCAAGAAGGAAAGACAGAAAAGCAGCUCCACUGCUUCGUACUGCACAACGCCAGUCUGAGCCUUACUGCCGAGAAUCAGACCUGAAGAACAAAUUAUGAAAAUAAUUUUAGAACUUGAUAUUGCUUAAAUAUUUGUUUUUUCCAGAUGUAUAAAAAAGGGGAAAUGUUGCCUUUGUUGCUGAGCCUGAUGAGCUGAUUGGCAUAUUCGGCCAUAUCCAAUAUCAUCUGCAGGAAGUAGACGGGGUUCUUAGCAACCGUCUGACCGAAGGGCAAACUCUGGGCACACACAUGGAACCUAAAGUGAAAAGAGAACACAAAGACCGGGGCCCUACCCAUUCAGAUGAGUACAUCCUGAGAUAAGAAAAGGUACAAUCAGUCCUCCGCUCAGUGAAGUUAUUGAUUGAUACAUUCGAUAGUUAGAGCAUCAAUAUAAGCAAACAGCUAUUUGCUGUGUAGAGAUAAAGUGGAGUAAAGUCAGAAGUGUAUCGCUCAUCCUCCGUUUCCCCCUCAGGUUAUCACUAUUAGCUCUGCCAGCACUUCUGUCAAUAGAAAUGCUGCCAAUUUCAUAUACAACACUUUUAAUAGCAGAUUAAAAUGAGCACAUUGGGGAAGGGAAGUGAAAAGUGAGUGAAGAUUUGUGUUUAUCGUAACUGUAUUUCAAUACUACGUGGGCAAUAGAAACUAAUUAUUUGCAUUGAACUGUCCAUUUCACUUCUUUAAUCAGAAUAUUAGACAGUUAAAAAAGUUACCGUACAAAAUUUAGAUUGCAAAGUCAGGUUCUUUACCUGCAUGCAUGAAGCAGCACCAGCUUGUAGAUGUUCUGGUAAACCGCCUCAAGAGAAUUGGUCUGAAAAAGAAAAGCAGGAAAGCAAAAGCUGCAGAAAUGAAAUGAAAAGUGACUGAAAAAAGAAAGCAGUACGUGUGUGUGUGUGACUUCCUCUUCACUGAUGCAUCUUAAUCAAGUGCAAAAAGGAGUAUGAAAGGUAAACUAUCUUUAACAUUAUUAACUAGUUAUAUAUUUUCUGUUCCCUGGUCGGUUUGACUACCAGUCUUGAAUGCAUUUACUGAUAUUUACUAUCAAUUUGCUCGAUUUUAUGUAAGUCAUAAACUUGGUUGUCGUUAAACUUGACAAGUUUACAACUGUUAUUUAAACUUUGUUGCUGUUUCAGAGUAACUUCCAGCUGGUCAUCUUGGAUAUUGUUGACUCUACAUGUUAUUAAAAGCCCUUCAAGACACACAGCUGAUGUGUGUUUGUGUUGCUGCUGAUGAACAUUUAUUGGAUCAAGAGCCGUUUUGAACAGAGGAAGUGGAAGACCUAAACCGUUGUAGAGGUCCCGUCACUUUACAAGCUCUUCAAUUUAAAAGGCUGUUUUUAAAUAAAAGGCGUCGCUAAUUCCCUGACCUUCAGGUCCAAGAACAAGGCAUGAAACUUGAGUCUGAGGAUGGCCAUCAGCUUCCUCCUCAUCUGCUGUCCGGCUGAGUGGAACGAGCCCAAAGUAAGGCUGUAGCGCAAAGACAGGCCUGCGUAGCUGUGGGAGACGGAAAGAAACAGAAAGCAACUCGUAAAAAAAACAAAGAUCAACUGCAGAAAAUGGAACUUGCCAUUAAAAAAAUAUUGCAAAUGGAUAUGUGGUUGUACUCAGUGUUCUAUGCAGGAAUAUUAAUCAUCCGUGAAAGACCGGGAGUCGUUCUGCAGAACAUUUAUGAGAAGGUAUAAAGUACAGGAGGGGGGGAGGGGUCACUCAGCUUACAAGAAACCAUAACGACCUCGAAAAAAACACGAUAACUUACGCAAGAAGCACACUUGAGGCAAUAAUUCUGCAGUAUAACUUUCGAGAGGCUUCACCUAGAAUAGUCUUUGGAGACGUCCAGAGACUGCGUGUCCAGCAGCAGUCCACACCAGGGGAAGAGGCAGUGGGGGGGGCAGCACAUGGAUGCCGGGACAUGAGCCCACGCUUCCCGUCACCUGAAAGUUCGCCGCCACCUUCUGCGGGUUGACCACCAGACCGUACUGCGGCACCCCGGCCAUCAAGAUCCUACACACGAUGGGAAAGUGCCGUUAACAAGUGCUAUAUUACUAAUUCUGAGCCCCUUCCGUUAAAGGGAUGGUUUGGUUGUUUUGAAGUAUCGGGUGUUGGGAACAUCUUGUGCUCCAUGUCUAGCUUUCUCAGAUGUAUUUCCCAUUCCCUCAGUUUGACAGAUGCGUCAGAGAGGCAGCGAUAGUGAUGCUGUGUUUACAGAUCGGAUGUGGGACGGUAAUUUCGGAAAAGACAUGCUUGAUAAUAAGUCCCAGCAGAUUAAUAAACAAAUUCUGCCAUCUGCCAUCUGAUGGUGGUGCCUCACUCCCCUCCCUGCAGGACAUAUACAACACUCGCCUCACCCGCAAAGUGACCAUGAUUGUGCGCGACU